AAAGCCCACGUCCAAAGGUGAAGCGGUGUCCUGAGAACGCUGGGUUAAUAAGUGGGCAUAGGGAGAGGCAGGCGCUAGCGGCUGCUUUAAACGGUGUCUGCCUUUUUCUAUUUCACCAAACUUUGUUCAGCAGCUGGUUCCGGAUCCGUCUCAAAGCUAGCCUACUUUUUUUCCUGAAGAAGUUAAUGAAAACAAAAAGGAGGGACUUAAAAGUCUGAGAAUCAGCGCGCUUUGCGCAGCAUUGAGAGUUUGCUGUAACACCUGCACAGGUAACAAGGUCUCUGCAGGGUACCGACCAUGGCUGCAGCGGUGGGGUCCGGUUCGGUUUCCAGUGGUCUCCGGGCCAUGUUUUUCAUGCUCACUCCAAAUGAGUCCUCCUUUCAGAAAGUUGAGGAAGUGCCUCAGUAUGUUCAGCAGGCCACUCCGUUCUUUGUGGGACUGAUGCUGCUCGAGCUGGUGGUGGGUGCACUGAUGACAAGAAGCCCUGUAGUUACGCUGAGUGAUGGCUUCACCUCCCUUUCUGCUGGAAUGAUCUCCAGACUCCCGCUAUUGGUGAUGAGAGGCUGUGAGCUGUCGGCUUACGUGUAUGUGUGGGACCAUUUCCGUCUAUGGGAGCUGCCCUGGGACUCUGCAUGGACUUGGUGGCUCACCUUCCUCGGAGUGGACUUCUGCUACUACUGGGUUCAUCGCUUCGCUCACGAGGUGGCCAUCCUUUGGGCUGCUCACCAGGUUCACCACAGUUCAGAGUACUACAACCUGACCACCGCACUCAGACAGUCACUCACCCAACAGUUCACUUCUUGGAUCUUCUACCUUCCAAUGGCUCUAGCUGUUCCUCCAUCCAUCUUUGCCGUUCACAUACAGUUAAACCUUCUUUACCAGUUCUGGAUCCACACUGAGUUAAUCAGAGACCUUGGACCUCUAGAAUGGGUUUUCAACACCCCUAAACAUCACAGAGUUCAUCAUGGAAGGAACCUAUAUUGCAUUGAUAAGAACUAUGGAGGAAUUCUUAUUAUUUGGGACAGAUUGUUUGGUACCUUUGCUGCCGAGUCAGAUAAAGUCAUAUAUGGCCUGGUGUUCCCCAUCAGGAAGUUUGAAAUCAUCUACGUUCAGUUGCACUAUUAUGUAUAUUUGUGGAAGAAAUCCAGAGCUUACGAAACAAUCAGUAACAAAGUGUCAACUUUCAUCAAAGGCCCGAGCUGGAAGCCUGGUAAACCUCGUCUUGGUGACCACGUCGACAAUCCCAAGGUAACUGGAAAUGAAGUACCUCAUGAUCCCAACUGGUCGCUGUCUUUUCAAGUGUACGUGGGCGUACAUUUUCUGCUGGUGCUCUGGACCUACCACGAGUUGUUUGAAAGCAAAAUGGUACUGUCCCAGUUAGCUAUUCUCGGGAUGACCAGCUAUGUUUUGCUCACCCUCACCUCCCUGGGCUUCAUCAUCGAACAAAGGCCAUCAUCAGCUUUCUUGGAGACAGUUCGCUGUGUUAUCAUGGUAACACUGCUGCGGUACAACUACUUGAGAUCCCCCGUGCCUUUACUCUCUGUCCCCACAGAGGCCUUUGUCUCCCUCUCGCUGCUGUACUGGGCUCUGCAGAGCUUCUCCCAGCUGCUCUGCAUCAAGAAGAAAGUUGACUGAGACACCACCGAGAUCCGUGGAGAAUGAAGACAUUUGAAUUUAAAUAAUUUCAUGCUAACAUGUUUGGAUCUCCUUUAAAAUUAUCUAUAAAAGAAAACUUUGAAUUUGUAGUUUUUAUUAUUAGAAAGGAGAAAUGGAAUGGGUUCAGCUUCUGCUUGAUUUUAACCCUUAAUGCGCAGCUGCUUCAAGCAUGUUUAUAACUAAAACUUUAAUAUGUAAAUGAGCCAUUAACAAAAAUGUAUUAAUGUGACAAUUUUUCCAAACCAUUACUUUAUGCUGUUUUUUUUUUUCGUUUUAAAAGUAUCAUGUUUAAAAUGUCACUGCCAUCAGAGGUGUUGCAGUCCAAAGUGAAGGACCCUUCACAGUGUUUCCACUACACAACCACAUACCUCCUAUAAAACAAGUGCUGUUCAUACUGAAGCCUGUUAAUUUCAAAGCUAUAACAGAAUUAUUGCUUAACAAUGUACAGUCUGUUUUCCAUUGCUCAUUGCAAUAAAUAGCUUAAAUUCUU